AAAAUGAUAUAAAUUUACGUAAAAAUUCAAGAACUGGUAAAGUUAGUAAUAAUAUUUUAUCAUUUGAAAUUGUAAUGAAAGUUAUUACUUUUAUAGGAAAUUUUGCAAAACAAAAUGGAUUACCAUCACCAGGACGAAAUUUUCGUGAUAAUACAUAUGCAAUAAUAUAUUUACCAGCAGAUAUUACUUAUUCAUCUUUAUAUAUACAAUAUACAGAAGCAACUGAAAAUAAUAAUCAACAUCAAAUUGAUAUGAGAUUUAAUGCUAAUUAUUGGUUAGUAGAAGAAAAAGAAACAAAAGUAUUAGAAUGGCAUAAGUAUAUUAAAUGUGCAUAUAAAGAACGUGAAAAUUAUAAGCAACAAAUUAAAUUAGCUUAUGAAAAUAUUCAAAAUUUUGAAAUUAAUAAUUUAGUACGUGCUGGAAAACCUAAUUCAUUAAAUAUUACAGAUAAAGUUUAUUUUAAAUCUUUAUAUAAAGUUCACUUAUUUGGAAUAUGUGAUGAUGCAUUUUCACGUCAAAUAAACUAUUUAAUUAAAGAAAAUGAAUUAGUUGGUAAAGGUGCAGAUACAGUUAUCUCUUUAGUUCAUAAUUGGGGCAAAGACCCUAAUUAUUUUGAAUUACAUGGUUUAGGAGAAAAAAAUUUAGUAAUUCAUACAGAUAAUUAUUCAGAACAAAAUAAGAAUAAUGCUAUGAUAGCAUAUUUAACUUGGAGAGUUUUAACUGGAUUGCAUGAUAGUAUAACUUAUUGUUUUAUGGUUGCAGAACAUACUAAAUUUAGUCCAGAUGGAUUUUUUGGACUUAUAAAAUUACUUUUAAGAAAAUCAGAAGUAGAUAAUCUUGAUGAUUUAGUUAAAGUAGUUCAAAAUUCAACUCCUGGUAGAUAUAAUAUUGCACAAACAGUAUUUGAUAAUAAAAAAAAUCAAAUUUUAAAUCCAGGAAAAGUUAAAAUUAGCACAUCAUCUUAUGGUGAAAAAACAUUAGUACAAAUAGAAAAAACUAUGAAAAAUGAUAAUUUAAUUGACGAUUCUCCA